AUGAGGAACAAUACAGUGACCACUUUCAUUCUACUAGGACUGACAGAUGACCAACAACUUCAAGUUCUGCUCUUCAUCUUUCUCUUGCUCACCUACAUGCUGAGCAUAACUGGGAAUCUGACCAUCAUCUUCCUCACCUUAGUGGAUUCUCACCUCAAAACAGCUAUGUACUAUUUCCUUAAAAAUUUUGCUCUCUUGGAGAUCUUGUUCACAUCUGCAUGUAUUCCCAGAUACUUGUAUAACAUAGCAACAGGUGACAAGGUAAUCACUUAUAAUGCUUGUGCUGGUCAAGUAUUUUUUGUUGACCUCUUUAGUAUAACUGAGUUUUUUCUUCUGGCUGCCAUGUCCUAUGAUUGCUAUGUGGCCAUCUGCAGGCCCCUGCAUUAUUUGACUAUCAUGAGUAGCAUUGUCUGCAGGAGACUUGUCUUUUGUUGUUGGGUAGUAGGUCUAUUUAUUUUAAUUCCCCCUCUUAGCCUAGGCCUAAAUCUGGACUUCUGUGAUUCUAAUAUCAUUGAUCACUUUAUCUGUGAUGCUUCUCCCCUCAUAAAUAUCGCUUGUUCAAAUACUUCAUUCAUGGAACAGACCGUUAUCAUCUGUGCUGUCCUGACUCUCAUUAUAACACUUAUGUGUGUAGUUCUAUCUUACAUUUAUAUCAUCAAGACAAUUUUAAAAUUCCCUUCUGCCCAACAAAAGAAAAAAGCCCUUUCCACAUGCUCUUCCCACAUGAUCGUGGUCUCCAUCACCUACGGCAGCUGCAUCUUCAUCUACAUCAAACCUUCAGCCAAGGACGAGGUUGCCAUUAACAAGAGUGUGACAGUCCUCACUACUUCCAUUGCUCCUAUGCUAAACCCCUUCAUUUACACAUUGAGGAACAAGCAAGUGAAAGAGGCCUUCUGUAACUCAAUCAAAAGAAUCCUGAUAUUUUCUAAGAAAUAA